AGAGAGUUAUCAAUCACCAGCGUUCGUGGCUUGGUAUCGCAAUUUCCCCUCAAUUGGCCUUUAUUUUUCUGAGAGCGCCUGUGGUUAUAGCGCGAUUCUCCGCAGCUACAAAGCAGUCGAUCCCGAGCUUGCGGCAUGGCGCUCCUCCAAUUUAAGGCCCCGGUGAAGUAUUCGGAGCAAAAGGAAGUUUUAAAAGACUUCCUCGAACACUUUAAGACGUUGGAGUCUGCGUCUGAAUCUGCAGCUACCGAGGCAAUUGAAGGUCUGCACAUCGAUGAAGACGACUUGAGCGAUGAUGACGAGCUUAUGGAUGAGAUUGACGGCAAUGCGCGAACUAGACGAACAGCAGCAAAGCAAAGAAAAGAGCCUAAAUUGAAAUACAUGCAAAUCCUGCAAGAUGUAGCCGACCGGGUGAAGAGCAACAUUGUCAUUGAGCUCGAUGAUUUGGAUACGUUUGUCAAAACACUACCUGAUGGAGUUCAUUCCGACCUCGUUGAAAGUGUCGAGAACAAUGCGAAACGCUAUAUUGACGUGUUUUCCGAUGUCGUUGACGAAGUGAUGCCUAAGGAAACGCGAGAAGUGUCAUUCAAAGAUGACGUUCUUGAUAUCAUCAUGUCACAGCGUGAAAAACGAAACGAGACGAUGUCAUUGGCAGCUGAAGCUAACAUCGAUGUCGGAAUGCCCCCAUCGAUAUUUCCGCCCGAACUGACCCGACGGUAUACGCUGAAUAUUAAACCCCGGACACCUUCUGGUUCUAGCAGUGAGCGAAGUUCCAAAGCAUUGGCGGUACGAAACGUCAAGGGAGAGCAUCUGGGAAAGUUAAUCACCGUUCGAGGUAUAACGACUCGAGUGUCGGACGUUAAGCCUUCUGUUAAAAUCAACGCUUACUCGUGCGAUCGUUGCGGAUCGGAGGUUUUCCAGCCGGUUACCACAAAACAGUUCAUGCCCCUUCAAGAAUGUCCUUCCGAGGAAUGUACGAAAAACCAGUCAAAAGGUCAAUUAUUUAUGUCCACUCGAGCAUCGAAGUUUAUUCCGUUUCAAGAGGUCAAAAUUCAAGAAAUGGCGGACCAAGUUCCUGUUGGACAUAUUCCUCGGACGCUUACUGUGCAUUGCCUAGGAAGCCUGGCCCGGCAAUUAAACCCCGGUGACGUGGUAGAUAUUGCUGGCAUCUUCCUUCCGACACCUUACACGGGAUUCAGAGCUAUCCGUGCUGGCCUCUUAACUGACACAUAUUUAGAGGCACAGCAUAUUACGCAACACAAGAAGGCAUACGAGAAUCUGCAAAUGGAUCCUCGUACAUUGCGCCGGAUAGAACAACAUAUACAUUCCGGUAAUAUGUAUGAAUAUUUGUCACGUUCGAUUGCCCCUGAGAUUUACGGCCAUUUGGACGUGAAGAAGGCAUUACUUUUGCUUUUGAUUGGAGGCGUUACGAAGGAAAUGGGCGACGGCAUGCGGAUCCGUGGCGAUAUUAAUAUCUGUUUGAUGGGUGACCCCGGUGUGGCCAAGUCACAAUUACUCAAGUAUAUUGCAAAAGUUGCGCCGCGUGGUGUAUACACCACAGGUCGUGGAAGCAGUGGCGUAGGUCUUACUGCGGCAGUCAUGCGCGAUCCCGUCACGGACGAGAUGGUUCUUGAGGGUGGCGCUUUGGUUCUCGCAGACAAUGGUAUUUGCUGUAUCGAUGAAUUCGAUAAAAUGGACGACGGCGACAGGACAGCGAUCCACGAAGUAAUGGAACAACAGACAAUAUCUAUAUCCAAGGCAGGAAUAUCGACAACUCUUAACGCCCGUACAUCCAUCCUAGCAGCAGCUAACCCGCUAUACGGACGCUAUAAUCCUCGAGUAUCGCCAGUAGAAAACAUCAAUCUUCCAGCCGCCCUUCUAUCCCGUUUCGACGUCCUAUUCUUAAUGCUCGACACACCCUCUCGUGAUGCAGAUGAAGAGCUCGCUCACCACGUCACAUAUGUGCACAUGCACAACAAACACCCUGAAAAUGAGGAGAAUGAAGUAAUAUUUACCCCCAAUGAAGUACGACAGUAUAUCGCCAAAGCUCGAACUUUCCGCCCCACCGUUCCGAAGCAAGUCUCUAACUAUAUGGUGGGUUCUUAUGUCCGUCUCCGACAAGAUCAAAAAUCAGAGGAAGGGAGUAAAAAGCAAUUUUCACACACCACUCCUCGAACGUUGCUUGGUGUUUUGCGCCUUUCUCAGGCUCUGGCUCGUCUACGUUUCAGCAACCAAGUCAUUACAGAGGACGUGGACGAGGCUCUCCGCCUAGUUGAAGUUAGCAAAUCUAGCCUGUAUAUGGAUAGUCAGGGCGCUGCAGACCAGACCCCGACCAGUAAGAUCUACAAUUUGAUCCGAGGUAUGCGGGAGAGCGGUGCGGCUGCUACUGGUGAUGGAGGAGAUGGAGAGUUGAGCAUAAGAAAGAUCAGAGAGAGAGUAUUGGCAAAGGGAUUCACCGAGGACCAGCUGAGUGAGGCCAUUGAUGAAUAUGCCGGUCUAUAUGUUUGGCAAGUCACCGGAAACGGGUCGAAGCUCGUGUUCAUUGAAGGAGCUGAAGACGAUGAUAUGGAUAUGUAAAGUCAAGAUUCUUUUGUCGAAAAUGAAUUGAGUAUAACCC